UCUCUCUCUCUCUCUCCCCCUCUUUGUUAUAUUUCUUUCAGGUUUCUCUCUCUCUAACCUUUGUUUCUGGCGGAUAAACCGGGGUCUUUGCAGAUCCGGGAAAACAAAAUUACCCAUCUUCUGUUUCAUGUUUAGUGAUGCUUUAGCAGGAAGGGAAAACAGGGAUUUGAUGGAAGAGAGUGGCGAUUUCAGAUGCUGGGGCGAAUUGAUUCCGGAUGCCUUGGGGCUGAUUUUCAAGAAUCUUUCGCUUCAGGAAAUACUUACCGUUGUCCCGACGGUGUGCAAAUCAUGGCGGAGGGCGGUUACCGGACCGUACUGCUGGCAGGACGUCGACAUCGAACAAUGGAGCUACCAAUGCCGGCCGGAAACCCUUGAUCGCAUGGUUCAAAUGCUGAUAACUAGAAGCUCCGGUUCACUCCGGAAGUUUUGUGUUAUUGGUCUAGCUAAUGACCAGAGCUUUUCAUUCAUCGCGGAUAAUGCCAAAUCUCUUCAAACUUUACGGCUGCCGAGAAGCGAAAUAAGCAAUUCGAUAGUGGAACAGGUUGCCGGGCGGCUUUCUUCAGUAACUUUCUUGGAUGUUAGUUACUGCAGGAACAUUGGAGCUCCAGCCCUCGAAGCAAUCGGCAAGCACUGUAAGUUACUAACGGGGUUGAGAAGAACAAUGCACCCCUUAGAGGUAAUCGACAAGGUGUCUCAAGAUGAUGAGGCCAUUGCCAUUGCUACAACGAUGCCGAAGCUCAAGCAACUUGAGGUGGCAUACCUGCUCAUUAGCACAGAAGGUGCGCUUAAGGUACUCGAAAACUGCCCCCAGCUUGAAUUAAUGGAUAUCCGAGGAUGUUGGAAUGUGAAGCUAGACGAUAAUUUCAUCAAGAAAUUCUCUCGACUGAGAGUUGUCGGACCUCUUGUUGUCGAUUAUUUGGGGAUGAAAGGCUGCGACGAUUGUUCAAAUUAUUCAGGCUCAUCCGGUUACUUGGCCUGGGACUUUGUUGCCGGGAACGUAGGUUCUGAUUACGACGAUGAGAUAUCAGAUGGGGAUUGGGAAGAUGACCAAAGCAUAGAAGACGUGGAAAUGAGGUUCUACGACGGUUUUGAUUUAGACGACACUGCAUUCGAUUGGCCCCUCUCCCCUUAAACCUUUCCCCCCUAAUCAUAUUUCAUAAUUGGCAUCGACAAACUGUGUCAAAGCAUUUCCACCAAUGCUAGACCUCCAUUAUCGAGUAUGAACAAAGCUUUUCCACGAGUGUCUGUAAUAAAAACCAGUGAUCUGUAGCCAAAAAGGUUCUUUUCCUUUUAAUGUUCAAGUAAUGCCCCUACAAUAAUUGAUACAAUUUCGAUGUGGGAUUGUAGAGAUUGACGUGUUUGCCGACUUCCAUGGAAAUAUCAAAGAAAAUGAUCAGAUUGUGACGGA